AUGACAAUGGGCGAAGCAAAUGACACCUUUAAAUUGAUUGUAUUAAGACAUGGUCAGAGUGAAUUAAAUCAUGAAAAUAUUUUCUGUGGUUGGAUUGAUGCCAAAUUAACAGAAAAGGGGAAAGAUCAGGCACGUAAUACAGCUAAAUUGAUUAAAGAUUAUUGUUUAACUAAUAAUGUGAAAUUACCAGAAAUUGGUUAUACUUCAAGACUUGUUAGAACUGAACAAACAAUGGAUGUGAUUCUUGAAGAAUUAGGUAUUUCACAACUAAAUAAAUUUAAAGUAACUGGUUCUGUUGAUAGUGAUGAUAUUGAUAAAUUUUUCAAAGAGUCCAGACCAACUACCAUUCCUGUGUUACAAACUUGGAGAUUAAAUGAACGUCAUUACGGUUCAUGGCAAGGUCAAAGAAAACCUAAUAUUUUAGAAAAAUAUGGUAAGGAUGAAUAUAUGUACAUUAGAAGGGAUUAUCAUGGUAAACCUCCACAGGCAGAUUUAAAACGUGAAAUGGUACAAGAAAAAAAUGAUUUAGGCUCAGCUACUGGUUAUGAAUUCAAAGAACCAAAUAGAAAUUUAAAAUAUAGGUUUGAAGAAGAUUCAAAAGAAAAAUUACCAGAUAGUGAAUCAUUAUCCGAAGUGGUUAAAAGAUUGAAUCCAUUUUUGGAAAACGUAGUAUUUAAAAUCUCACAAAUUAAAAAUCAAUCUUCCUGUUUGAUCGUUGGCCAUGGUAGUUCUGUUAGAUCUGUGUUGAAGAUUCUUCAAAAUAUUUCAGAUGAAGAUAUAAAAGAUAUUGACAUUCCAAAUGGGAUCCCAUUAGUUAUUGAAUUGGAAAAAAAUACAAAUAAAUUCAUCAAAUGUUUUUAUUUAGAUCCUGAAUCUGCCAAAGUUAAUGCUGAAAAAGUUCGUAAUGAAGGAUUUGUCCAUAAUCCAUAA